ACCAACCAGUCUAAAUCCAACAAUUGAAAAGUCAAAAAGGAGUUGGGAUUAUUUUCUGACACAGAGACGACGACGAAUACGAGGUUGCUUGGUUUUAGUUUUGAUGGAGACAAAGAUUUUGGGGUUGGCUUCAUUCCCUUACUACACACCACCAAACCGUUCUCGUCUAAACCUCCUCAGAUCAUCAUUAUCUAUGCGACACGAAUAUCCGCUUGCUAGCAAAAUCCUUGUUAAAAAUCUACCCUAUUUUACUGGCGAGAAUGCUUUGCAGAAGAAAUUUUCAAAUUUUGGCAAGAUAGCUGAAGUCCAAAUGGUUAAAGAUGUAAGCACAGAAAGAUCAAAGGGACUUGCUUUUAUUCAAUACACAUGUCAAGACGAUGCCAUGCUUGCACUUGAAACAAUGGAUCAACAGAGUUUUUAUGGUCGUACGAUCUCUGUAGAACUUGAGAAACUUGAUGUGCAUAAUUUUGUUGGAUCUCCAAAGGCCUCAGGGCCUCCAAAGAAGUGGAAUUUGCCAGCAGUGCAAGUAGAAGAGGUAGAUUGCUGGUACUGAUCAAAUUUCAGAUAAUAAAGCCGUAAAAGAGACAGUGAUGGAACAAGUAUCAUGUUAUUUAGGGAUUGCUAUAGGCUUGAUAGACCAUUAAGUUUUAGUGUGUUUGAAACCGCGGUGACAAUUUCACCUAAGCACAGUGUGUUUGAAGCUAUAACUUGGAGGUUAAGGUUUGAUUCGCCAUGCAAGCCCACUCUUUGUAAUAUUGGAUACAAUACUGAACUUCAUACCGAUCUUUCAAGUUACUGUACAUAUAAGAUACUGCUGAUUUAGAUUUAGUAGUUUUUGAGGUUCUAGUUGCUACUACACCUUUGAAUGAAAUUGUCUUUUGUAACAAAUUUAUAUAUGCUACAUGUUUCAAGCUCAUGUCACGCUUACUAUUACCGCAUAUAUUGUUAUAUUUUAACAA